GAGGGAGCUCUCCCACUUUGGGGUGAAGGUGGCUAUUAUCGAGCCUGGUUCCUUCAAGACCAGCCUGACCAAUAAUAACAGAAUUUCUCAGAGCUUCCGGGAGGCAUGGGAUCACGCCAGCCCAGAGGUCAAGGAGAUCUAUGGGGAGAAAUUCUCUGCAUCCUUCAUAAAAUCAACUAAAAUCUUGGUGCCAAAGUGGUCUCAGGCUGUGUCCUUGGUGACAGACUGCAUGGAACAUGCCCUGACCGCCUGCCACCCCCGCACCCGAUACUCAGCUGGCUGGGAUGCCAAGCUCUUCUACCUCCCCAUGAGCUACAUGCCCUCCUUCUUGGUGGACGCCAUCUUCUACUGGAGCUUCCCAAGGCCCGCCAAGGGCCUGUAG